UUCAGGUUCACUCUGUCCAGAUUACCAGAAGACGUCUGCGUACAGGGAAGGACACGGCUCGUUCUACCCUCAAUAAAUUAUUACCAGAUUGCAGUUCCUAUUCGCGCAGGGCAGAGAGAGUGGAUGUAACCGGUAGAGGGGUUUCUUUUUCGUCAGGCUCUUCCAGAAUCUAUUUUUUUUCUCCUGUUUAAUUGAUGCAGUUGAACAGCGAUUAAAACAGGUGACAUCGAUCUGGUUGAAAGGACAUGACAAGCGAGAGGCCGGCGGUGAAGAUGCCGGGUGCUUUGUCGCUUUCUGACCGACAAAUCCCAGCGGGUCAUGGGCAGCCAGUGGGCUCUGGUACCGGGGAAAUAAUGGUAUCUGGCUCGGGCUCUAUGGUUCUACCGGCCGGGAUGAUCAACCCGCAGGUUCCCAUCCGGAAUAUCAAGAUGAAAUUCGCGGUUCUGAUCGGAUUGAUCCAGGUGGGGGAGGUUAGCAACAGAGAUAUCGUGGAGACUGUGCUCAACCUGCUGGUGGGGGGUGAGUUUGACCUGGAGCAGAACUUCAUCAUAGCGGCGGCAGAGAGCCUGGGCUGUAUGGUGGAGCUGUUGGAGCACUGUGAUGUGACCUGCCAGGCUGAGGUGUGGUCCAUGUUCACAGCCAUCCUCAGGAAGAGUGUCCGUAACCUCCAGACCAGCACUGAGGUGGGCCUCAUAGAGCAGCUGCUGUUGAAGAUGAGCUCCGUUGACGACAUGAUCGCAGACCUGCUGGUGGAUAUGUUAGGAGUGCUGGCCAGCUACAGCAUCACAGUGAAGGAGCUCAAACUGCUGUUCAGUAUGCUGAGGGGAGACCGAGGACUCUGGCCGAGGCAUGCAGUGAAGCUGCUGUCUGUUCUGAACCAGAUGCCUCAGAGACACGGUCCAGACACUUUCUUCAACUUCCCCGGACGCAGUGCUGCGGCCAUAGCGCUGCCUCCCAUUGCCAAGUGGCCUUACCAGAACGGCUUCACUCUCAACACCUGGUUCAGGAUGGACCCUCUAAACAACAUCAAUGUAGACAAAGACAAACCAUAUCUCUACUGCUUUCGCACCAGUAAAGGAAUCGGCUACUCUGCACAUUUCGUGGGCAACUGUCUGAUCGUGACGUCGCUGAAGUCUAAAGGCAAAGGCUUCCAGCACUGUGUCAAAUAUGACUUUCAACCUAGGAAGUGGUACAUGAUCAGCAUCGUCCAUAUCUACAACCGCUGGAGGAACAGUGAGAUCCGUUGCUAUGUCAACGGUCAGCUGGUCUCCUAUGGCGACAUGGCCUGGCACGUCAACACCAACGAUAGUUAUGAUAAGUGCUUCCUGGGUUCGUCGGAGACAGCUGACGCUAACAGGGUAUUCUGUGGUCAGCUGGGGGCCAUCUAUGUGUUCUCUGAGGCUCUCAACCCAGCUCAGAUAUUUGCCAUUCAUCAGCUGGGAGCGGGCUAUAAGAGUACGUUUAAGUUUAAGUCGGAGAGUGACAUCCACCUGGCGGAGCACCAUAAGCAGGUCCUGUAUGAUGGGAAGCUGGCCAGCUCCAUCUCCUUCACCUACAACGCCAAGGCUACCGACGCCCAGCUCUGCCUGGAGUCAUCGCCCAAGGAGAACGCCUCCAUCUUCGUCCACUCACCCCACGCCCUUAUGCUACAGGAUGUGAAGGCCAUAGUGACCCACUCCAUCCACAGUGCUAUCCACUCUAUAGGAGGAAUCCAGGUGCUGUUCCCGCUCUUCUCCCAGCUGGACUAUCAUCAACCCAAUGACCAGUACAACUACCAGCACCAUGAGACCCAGCUGGAGACUACCGUCUGUGCCACCCUCCUGUUCCUGGUUGACCUGUUGAAGAGCUCGGUGGCUAUGCAGAACAGAUGCUGGAGGGAAAGGAUUCCUUGUAAUCGGUUUUCUGUUGGAAAGCUGCGCCAGCACUCUCACACUCACACCAUCCUGCAUCUGUGCUCCAGGGUCCACAUCACACGUGCGGUCCUUGAGCAGUUCUGUGCGUUCGCUAAAUACCUGGACGUAACCCAUGGAGCGCCACUCCUCAAACAGCUCUGUGACCACAUACUGUUCCGCGCAGCCAUCUGGAUACACACCCCUGCCAAGGUCCAGCUCUCACUGUACACGUACCUGUCUGCAGAGUUUAUCGGCAAGGCAACCAUCUACACCACCAUCCGUCGUAUUGGGACAGUGCUGCAGCUGAUGCACAGUCUGAAGUACUACUACUGGGCCUGCAACCCUGAGGCCAGCAGUGCCAUUACACCUAAAGGACUGGAUGGUCCAAGGCCCACCCAGCAGGAGAUCAUCUCUCUCAGGGCUUUCAUGUUGCUGUUCCUUAAACAACUCAUCCUCAAGGGUGAUGUUCAACUGCUGGCUCGAAGACUGAGAGCAUCAGAGUCCAGUCCCUCAAAAAGGAAGGUUGAGAUCAUGCACACACACAGUCUCUUCACUCUGCUGGGGGAGAGGCUGAUGCUACACACUAAUACUGUAUCAGUGACCAUCUACAACACGCUGUACGAGAUCCUGACUGAGCAGGUGUGUACCCAGGUCGUCCACAAACCCCACCCUGAACCAGACUCUACAAUCAAGAUACAGAACCCCAUGAUCCUUAAGGUAGUAGCGACUCUGUUGAAGAGCUCGUCCCCCAGCGUUGAGCUGAUGGAGGUUCGACGUCUCUUCCUCUCAGACAUGAUCAAACUGUUCAGCAACAGCCGCGAAAACCGACGGUGUCUGCUGCAGUGUUCAGUAUGGCAGGARUGGAUGUUCAGUCUGGGCUAUAUCAACCCUAAAAACCCAGAGGAACAGAAGAUGAUGGAGAUGGUCUAUAGCCUUUUUAGGAUCCUGCUCUACCAUGCCAUCAAGUAUGAGUGGGGAGGUUGGAGGGUCUGGGUGGAUACACUCUCCAUCGCUCACUCCAAGGUAACGUACGAGGCCCAUAAGGAGUACCUGGCUAAGAUGUAUGAGGACUACCAGCGUCAGGAGGAGGAGAACAUUAAGAAGGGGAGGAAGGGUCUGGUCAGCACCAUCUCAGGCCUGCAGGACCUCCAGGCCGGGGGCAUCCAGGGGAACAUGGAGAUCAGAGAGGUAGACGACCACUCUCAGACACAGACCCCGGAGAGCGAGGCCGACUACCCCGAGACUCCUGGCCACCCCCGGGACAUACUGUCGGAGGCGAAGACGGGGAAGGAGGGGGGGCUCGAGGGGACAGAGAGGACGGGGUCAGGGGUCAGAGUGGAGGUUCAUGACCUGCUGGUGGACAUCAAGGCUGAGAAGGUGGAAGCCACGGAGGUGAAGCUGGAGGACCUGGACCUGUCUCCAGAGCCGCUGGGCGUGACAGUGGGUGUGGCUGGGGGUGUUGUCUCUGAGGACAGGGGCGGGGCGUUGGUCCAGGUGGACUCCCUAUUGGACAACGUGUACUGUGCUGCUGUAGAGAAGCUGAGCAGCAGCGCCGCCAGCGGAGUAAUGGUCCCCAACGCAACCGUCGGUGUAGCCCCCGACAACCACAACACCGGUCCCCUCAUCACCCUCGCUGACGACGACAAGGACAGUCUCCCUAGCAACAGCAGCUUCCUGUUUGGCCAGGAAGAGCCCCUGGUCCUGCCAAGUCCUGGUUCUAACCCUGAUCCAGACCCCGAGUCCCCUUUGCCCCUGGGCCACAGCCAUGACCUGGGCCUGCUGGACCACAUGACUGGCAGCUCUGAGCUGGGGACCGUUGGCAUGGUCGGCACGGUCAGUCCUGGUGGUCCGAUCAGCAGCAUCCUGGAGGAGGAGAGGUUGAAGCUCCAGACCACCCUGGGUGACGUCACCUCCAUGCCCAGGGAAGAGGCCUGCUCUAAGGGGUCAGAGUUCACAGAGACCAGGGUUGGAGCUAGGGCUGGAGGGUCUGGGUUGUCGGAGGCGUGCGAGCCCUUGGCUGGUGGGAAAGGUAGUGGGUCAGAUGCAGUCAGGAACACCUCAGACACAGAGAGGUCAGACGAAGGAAAGGAGGUUAAGAAGAUACAGACCACUGCUACUACACAGUCCCUUCAUAGUCGUACAGCAGCCCAGUUAGAGCGUGACCUGCGUGUGGACCUGGGCUUCAGAGGGAUGCCCAUGACAGAGGAGCAGCGGCGCCAGUUCAGCCCUGGCCCUCGCACCACCAUGUUCCGCAUCCCAGAGUUCAAAUGGUCGCCCAUGCACCAGCGCCUCCUCACCGACCUGCUGUUGGCCCUGGAGACAGACGUGCACGUCUGGAGGAGCCAUUCAACCAAAUCUGUCAUGGACUUUGUCAACAGCAAUGAGAACAUAAUCUUUGUCCACAACACCAUCCACCUCCUCUCUCAGAUGGUAGACAACAUCAUCAUCGCCUGUGGAGGGAUCCUUCCUCUGCUCUCCGCUGCCACCUCUCCUUCUGCUGAGUUGGAGAACAUCGAGGCGGUCCAGGGCAUGUCUUCAGAGACGGCUGUUUCCUUCCUGUCCCGUCUCAUGGCCAUGGUGGACGUUCUGGUGUUUGCCAGCUCACUCAACUUCUCUGAGAUCGAGGCUGAGAAGAACAUGUCCUCUGGAGGCCUGAUGAGACAGUGUCUACGACUGGUGUGUUGUGUAGCAGUGAGGAACUGUCUGGACGUUAGACAGAGACAGAGGGACAGAGGGACCAACAGUAAGAGCCAGGACAACCUGUAUGGUACAGCAUCUGCCAACAAGGACCCUGACAGACUUCUACAGGACGUCGACAUCAACCGUCUGAGAGCUGUCGUGUUCCGGGAUGUGGAUGACAGUAAGCAGGCCCAGUUCUUGGCCCUAGCGGUGGUCUACUUCAUCUCUGUCCUCAUGGUGUCAAAGUACAGGGACAUCCUGGAACCCCAAAGAGAGCCCAACAGGAUGAUCAGCCAAUCAGCAUGCAGAAUUCGCCACGAGAUCAACUCACCUACCAGCACAGAGACCCCCCUGGCAUACCCUGACCACAGUAAGGCGCCCCCCACCCCUGUAGAGGAGCUCCACAUAGAGAGAGGCUGUCUGCCGCACACUGACUCUGGCAUUGGAGAGGAACAGGUGACCAGUGUGUUAAAUGGGGCAGACCUGGACCCUUCAGGACCUGGGCGAGUUGAUGUCAUGUCCUCCCUGCUCGGCAGCCUUUCCUCUGGGGAGAAGCAUAGCCAAGAGUUCCUCUUGGAGCCGCCUGGCCUGGAGGUUCUAACGACCGCCUCCUCCAUCUCCUCGAUCAGCCAAUCAAACAUCAACGUCAGAGAGAUUCUGAAGAGCCUAGUGGCUGGGCCUGUAGAGAGGGUGGAGCCUGGACCAGAGCCCCUCCCCUACCCUGAUCCUGCCGUACAGAGAGAGACCCAUCACCCCAUGCUGCCCAUGCAGUUCCACUCCUUUGACAGGAGUGUGGUGGUCCCAGUGAAGAAACCCCCACCAGGCAGUCUGACUGUGAACACGGUUGGACACACAUCCUCCAGUAGCCUGGCAACAGGCUCCACCCCCAACAUCUUUUCUGCAGCCUCCAACACCGCCAAGAGCAUGAUCAACACCACCGGAGCUACAGACUCAGCCUCCUCUUCCUCCACCUCUUCCUCAUCCUUCGUCAACGGCGCCACCAGUAAAAACCUGCCUGCUGUCCAGCCGGUGGCGCCCAUGCCUGAAGACACAGUGGAGAACAUGAGUGCGUUGCUCUGUGAGGUGGACCAGGAUCUGAGAGUCUUUAGUUGGUCCCUGCAGCGUGGCCACACAGAGACAGAGAUGGCCCCCAGAGGUGCAGGCCAGUGUCAUAGGCAAGCACUGUUUAACAUCGCUCACACAGGUGUUACUGUCUCACUGAUACACUCAUCCCUUCACCUUCAUAUUAUUCCCAGGAGUGACUACAAUGUUAGCCCCUCCCACAUGUCGUUGGUGAAGUUUCGUCUGGUGUGUAUGAAGUCCAGCACCUCUGUCGUGGAACUGGUCAUGCUGCUCUGCUCUCAGGAGUGGCAGAACUCGAUCCAGAAAAAUGCAGGCCUUGCCUUCAUUGAGCUCAUCAAUGAGGGAAGAUUGCUGUGUCAUGCUAUGAAGGACCACAUUGUGCGUGUUGCCAAUGAGGCAGAGUUCAUCCUCAACAGACAGAGAGCAGAAGAUGUCCAUAAACACGCUGAGUUUGAGUCUAACUGUGCCCAGUACACUGCUGAUCGGAGGGAGGAGGAGAAGAUGUGUGAUCACCUGAUCAGCGCUGCCAAACACAGAGACCAUGUGACUGCCAACCAGCUCAAACAGAAGAUCCUCAACAUCCUCACCAAUAAGCAUGGAGCCUGGGGCAGCCUGGCACAGAGUCAGCUGAAUGACUUUGGCGUCUGGACUACUGGGAGGGACGACCUACGGAGGAGGCGGAGAUUCGUACGGAACCCCUUUGGCUGCACCCUGGACAUUCCCUGCAAGACGUUAGACGACUAUGGCAGCGAGGAGGACGAGUUGGUCAAGUCGAAGAAGGGGUUCCGCAGCCAGGCAGUAGCCAAUCAGAGCCCAGAGACGGACCUGAUGUUGGAUGGAGACGACGACACUGCCAGUCUGCUGCAGGAGAAGGAGAUGGACAACCUGGCUGGCCCAGUGGUUCUCAGCACCCCAGCCCAGCUCGUGGCCCCAGUAAUAGUGGCGCGAGGGACGAUCUCCAUCACGACGACCGAGAUCUAUUUCGAAGUGGACGAGGAUGACCCCUCCUUCAAACGGCUUGACUCCACGGUCCUGGCGUACUCAGAGGGUCUGCAUGGUAAAUGGAUGUUCAGUGAGAUCAGAGCGGUCUUCUCCAGGCGAUACCUGCUCCAGAACACUGGCCUGGAGGUCUUCAUGGCCAACAGGACGUCAGUGAUGUUUAACUUCCCAGACCAGGCCACAGUGAAGAAGGUGGUCUACAGUCUACCCAGGGUCGGAGUGGGAACCAGCUAUGGCCUACCACAAGCCAGGCGUAUCUCCAUGGCGACGCCCCGGCAGCUCUUCAAGUCAUCCAACAUGACCCAGCGCUGGCAGAGGAGGGAGAUCUCCAACUUCGAGUACCUCAUGUUCCUCAACACCGUCGCAGGGAGGACCUACAAUGAUCUGAACCAGUACCCGGUGUUUCCCUGGGUUCUCACCAACUAUGAGUCCGAGGAGCUGGACCUCACCCUGCCGGGCAACUUCAGAGAUCUCUCCAAGCCAAUCGGAGCGUUGAACCCGAAGCGUGCAGUGUUCUAUGCAGAGCGCUAUGAGACCUGGGAAGAGGACCAGACACCCCCAUAUCACUACAACACCCACUACUCCACCGCUAACUCCACCCUGCUCUGGCUGCUCAGGAUAGAACCUUUCACCACGUUCUUCCUGAAUGCUAACAACAACAAGUUUGACCAUCCAGACCGGACCUUCUCAGCCAUCACCCGCUCCUGGAGGCACUGCCAGAGAGACACCUCAGACGUCAAGGCCCUGGAAAGUGAGUUUGUGUCAUGUCAGCUGCAUCAGUGGGUUGACCUUAUUUUCGGCUACAAGCAGCGCGGGCCCGAGGCGGUGCGCGCCCUCAAUGUCUUUCACCACCUGACCUACGAGGGUUCCGGUAGCCUGGACAGCAUCACUGACCCCGCCCUCAGAGAGGUUUUGGAAGCUCAGAUUCUGAUUGUUGGACAGACUCCGUCUCAGUUGCUCAUCGAGCCACAUCCUCCUCGCAGCUCGGCCAUGCACCUGUGUGUGUUCCUCAUCCUGCCUCCUGUCCUCCUCCUCCUGCAGCAGGAUGUGAUCAUGGUGUUGAAGUUUCCCUCCAACUCCCCGGUGACCCACGUAGCAGCCAAACCCUGCCAUCACCUCUCUGUCCCUGCCGCUGUCACCGUCACCUGUAGCCGACUGUUCGCUGUCAACCGCUGGCACACACCUGUAACCCUGAGGCCAGGCCAGACCGUUGUACUGAAUUCUAACUAAGUUAUCCCUCUGUGUGUGUGUGUAGCCAACAACWCCGGGAGUAACAAGCGUCAGAUCACAGACUUGGUUGAUCAGAGCAUCCAGAUCAACACACACUGCUUCGUGGUUACCGCCGACAACCGCUACAUCCUGGUCUGUGGCUUCUGGGACAAGAGCUUCAGAGUUUACUCUACUGAGACAGGUAAGCUGACCCAGAUAGUGUUUGGCCACUGGGACGUGGUGACGUGUCUGGCCAGGUCAGAGAGCUACAUCGGGGGAGACUGCUACAUCGUGUCAGGGUCCAGAGAUGCUACACUGCUACUGUGGUACUGGAGCGGACGACACCACAUCAUAGGAGACAACCCCAACAACAGUGACUACCCGGCACCGCGAGCUGUGCUGACCGGUCAUGACCAUGAGGUGGUGUGUGUCUCUGUGUGUGCCGAGCUGGGACUGGUCAUCAGUGGAGCCAAAGAGGGUCCGUGUCUGGUMCACACUAUAACAGGGGACCUGCUGCGGGCCCUGGAGGGCCCAGAUAACUGCAUGUGUCCCCGCCUCAUAUCUGUGUCCAGCGAGGGCCACUGUAUCAUCUGCUACGAGAGAGGACGUUUCUGUAACUUCAGCAUCAACGGAAAACUACUGGCUCAGAUGGAGGUCAACGACUCAACACGGGCCAUUAUGCUGAGUAGUGACGGUCAGAACCUGGUGACAGGAGGAGACAACGGGGUGGUGGAGGUGUGGCAGGCCUGUGACUUCAAACAGCUCUACAUCUACCCAGGCUGUGAUGCUGGUGUCCGCGGCAUGCGACUACCUCUCUCAACGAGACCAGAGGUCUAGACUCUCAUCACUGGCAUGGCAUCCGGCAGCAUUGUGGCGUUCAACAUCGACUUCAACCGGUGGCACUACGAGCACCAGAACAGAUACUGAGGGUUACAGAGACAGAGAGGCAGUACAACAUGGCUGCUGGUUUGGAGGACACCUGGACACUACUGUUAACUACUGUUAACCAACUAUACAGGUUAACUGCUGUUAACUACCUAUACAAGUUAACUAGGGUUAACUAACUACUUGUAUAAGUGUUAACUAACCAUACAGGUCAACUACAAGUUAACUAACUAACCAUACAGGUUAACUAACUAACUAACCAUAAGCUCUUAACCAGGUUAGUAAUACAGUGGGGCCUGAAUAAUGACUGUAUAAAAUAAAUAAUUCAAAUACUGAGCUAUAUUAUAUGCUCCAAAAAAAUGAAAA